CUCUGGAAAGCAGAGCUCCUCUCCAGACCCAUGCUGGUGUGUUGCUGAUGGAGAAUGGCCAGAACCCUCUAGAAGACCUCAGAGAGAUGGGACUGAUCCCUGUCAGCAUCUGCAGGAAGUUGGAUAUAUGCCUUUGACAAGAAAACCCACCCUAUACAGUUGCUUAAGAGCUAGCCUGGCUCCUUAUAUACUCCAGCCUUGAUUAAAGGUGAUUGAAAGACUGUGUGAACAAGCAUCCCUUAAAGAAACCUGAGCCUUAAAGUGCAUCUCAAGAAAACUGGGCAGGCAGACGAAUAUAGAGAUGAAGUCCUCUCCUGCUGCUGGUGGCACUGUCUUUAAGGUGAGCCAUGUCAUGGAGCAGCAAAGCACCACUCCUGAAGAAUGGGACAUUGCAGAUGCUGGGGAGGAGAAGGGGUGGCCAGAUCGUGUGGCAGUAAGGUCCGCUACAAGUGAGCACUGUCUUGGUCACUGGGAGGUCUCAGAGCCAUGUUUUGGUUUGAGAGAGGUUGGGCUGCAGGUGCUGCGGCAAAUCUGUGGGUUAUUUGGCCACCAAGUUAAUGGAAUGAUCUGUGGGUGAGACCGGUCUGGUGUGGGAGCAUUGCCUUGGCCUUGACUUGCUGGGAAAGUGACUGUUGUUUGUGGAGGAUCUGGAUGUUGGGAUGAGCUCGUGGAUGCCAUGGGUGAUUGGUGGGAGGGACCCCUAACCACAGCCAGCUUGCACAGCCCUGGUGUGUCCUGAGGGGUCCAGGCCCACAGCAUCUCCUUCAUCCUGUCCCACCGAAAGCCUCACCCUGUCUGUUGCUGAACCUGCCAUAGGUUUGCAGAACAUCUGCGUUUCCUCCCGCCGCCCUCAUGUUGCUUUCUCUGGUUUUGCUUUGAGUUGGCUCCAGGGUUUCUCCUUCUCUCUCCUCCUCACUUUGGCAGGUUGUGCUACUCAAGGAGGAUGCUGGCAGGCUGGAUCCUGGGGCACCAGGACAAGCAAGACAGCCUGUGCCCCCCAGCCAGGCAUGAGCUCCCAAGAGCAAACCCACCACCCAUGGCACCAGGACAGAGCCUUGUCAGAAGGGACUGAGCUCUCUCCUUACCCCUGGAGGGACCAUCACAAGGCCCACCAGAUGAACAGGAGCUCAAACCCAUGUGGGGUGGUACGUGCUCACAUCUUCACAGCCACCUCCUUCUUUCAAUUUCUCCCCAUUGCUCAGCAUCCAUCUCCAUCCCCGAAGUCCAGGGGACACUGGGGCAAUGUCCUCUCUCUACAGUCCAGCCUGGGCAUAUGUCGAUUUCCAGAGGGCCCCAUUUACCUCAAAUCCACCCUGGGACAGGUGGACCCUCUAAGGGCUUGAUUAUGAAGACAGUCCAGUCUGGAAGGGAUCCUACAGUCACAGAAUCACAGAAUGUUAGUUGUCACUUGUCUCUAGAGGUGGUGGGUUUCACCACGUACCAGGAGGAUACAGAUGCCCAAUUCACCAUCUGCUUCAAGGAAGGGGGAAAAAGAGGAUCCAGGAAACUGUAGACGAGUCAGCUUGCUUCCGUACCCAGAAAACUGCUGGAACAAAUUAGUAAGGCCACCAAGUAGUAAACACCAAGAGGGCAGCACUGAGUCUGAGAACACAGAUUUACCAGGAACACAUUAUGUCAAACCACCUAAUUUUCUUUUCAUUAGUGUGACGGACUGGGUACUGCAGAGAAAGCAGGAGCGAUGCUAUCUCUGUCCUGCCUUACGUGACAUUCUCAUAAGCAAUGGAAAUUGGAAAUGGGAAAUUCUGCCACUAUGGGUGAAUGGCUGCCCAAGAAGCUAUGUCCUAUCAGCAGUUGUCAACAGCUCAUGAUGGCAUUGAACAGGGGUUUUCUGGGGGAGCAUGGCUCAAAUGAAGGCAAAAUGCUAUUGAGGAAGGGUGUAGGGGCUGUCUGGAGGAGGGUUAGAAAUCAAAUUCAUCCUGAUAACCUGGAGAAAAGAGUAAAAAUUCCCUGAAAGGAUUACUGAUGGAAAAGAUUUGGUCAUGUUUAAUGCAGGAAAAGAUGAGAGAAAUCUUCAUGGUGGGGGAAAAGAGCCCUGGUGUGAAGAAACAGUGAAAGACAGAGAAGUGUUUAGGGUUAUUCCCUGUUGCUCAGAUGGCAGUCCAUCUAUCUUGCAAGCCUUACUGUGCCCACAGACACAGCAUUCCAGCUGCUGAGGGGAUGUCCUGCCCUGCAGUCCUGCCUGGGGACCAGGGUUGGAUGUCCCUUUCUGCCCCUCCUGGGGACUGCUGGCAGGAUGGAGCCGUCUGGGUAUGGGGUGACCCCAAAGGGAAGGUAUGGAUGUCCCAGCAGGGAUGGGAUGCACAUGGGCCAAGCGGGACAGUGUGGGCGCUUUCUCCCUGUGCUGGAGGGGUAGGUGACAGAGAAGCUGACACACAGUGAGAAACUGAGAGGAGGAUAAGGAACCUUGGGAAACCUUCCUCCUCUCGCCUGGGUGGCUCACCUGGGGGUGGGAGAUGAAGUAAAAAAUAAUUUCAGGCUGUGCAAAAGCAGCAGGGAAAUUACCGCCCGGGCUGCACCUUGUGUUCGCCUCCUUCAUGCAUCCCAUGGAGGAGCCAUGACCAGUGUGGCAGGAUGGAGACGGUUGACAGGGUCUGUCCCCAACAGGUCUGACCAGCCCAGCAGGGUCGUGCCGAGACUAGGACAGGGCUCAACCCCAGUCCCUGCCAAGGCUGGGCUGUGCAGGGACCUGUAGGAGCAGCUUUUGUUUCCAGAUGGGUGCCGGUAAGCAGCAAGGUGCUGGGGCAGAGCCAGGAGGUGUGCAUGAAGUGGAACAGGACGUCAAAGCAAUUUCAGUUCUGUGGGUGGUUCUGGGAAAGUCCCUUUAGUAAAAGCAAGUCAAAGGCUUUAAUAGAGGGACCAGCGCUGGGCUCCUUCUCAGAGAUGACUCGGAGGGCUCAGCGCAUCGUGAGUCAUGAUUUGAGUUGUGUUGCCAUGACGUAAUGGGAGGCUGGUUUCCAUCAGAGCCGGGUGUUGGAGGCAGGGGCCUUUUCCCAUGCCAGAGGUGCCAUCAGACCCCCAGUGAGCCACGUGUACCCCAGGACAGGCAGCGUGGGGAGCAGUGUCUGCCCUGGGGGGGAGCAUCCCUCUGCCCUGCAGCAGCAGCCUCGGGGAGGAAGGGCUGGGCUGAAACCACAGAUCCCCCAGAUGAAGUGAUCGGUUUGUUUGGGUGAAUAUGAGAGUGCCAGGAGAGAGGGCUGCCUCCCCGGGGGGCUCCUCCUCCUCCUCCUCAAAAUAGCUCAAGGUGCCACAGGCACUACUGCCCUCAAAAUAAAGGGGAGAUGUCAAAACCUUUAGGCUUUUCCUAUAUUCAGUCACCCCCAGGCCAAUCUCAGCUCCUAACACAGAGGAGCCCAAGGAGAUGUCACCCUGCUGUGGAUGGCUCAUCACACCAUGCUGUGGCACAGUGAUGUCAAGCACUGCACCGUUCCAGCUUUCUGCAUGAGAUUUGCUGCUCUGAAGACCCCUCUGUGGUGAGGUGCAUGAGGGGAUCUUCUAUAGCAAACCUAUAGAAAUGGGGGCCCUGUGCUCUGGCAAAGGAGUUGGGGGGGUAAGGGAGAUCUGCUGCUCUGUCUCUUCCUCCCCAUGCACUGGUGCAGAGCCAAGGUUGUUCCCUGGUCUGCACCUGUGAGCACUGGAAACUCUGGUGGGAUGACCUCUCCUUCACCAUCCUGCUUGUAGGGCGCUGCCCCAGUCCAGGUGAGACCCCAUGUCCCCAGGGCAAGGCUGUUGGGCAGACAGUGACUCAGAUCCUCUCCACAGGUUAGGGCUUUGCUAGCUCUCCAUAAGGAUCCUGUAGACCUUUGAUUGGCUUCUGUGUUUCCAGGAAAUCACCUUUCCUUCCUUCUAGUCCUGCUUCAGACUGCAGCCUCAAGAUUUAAUUAAGGGUGAAAGGACCUCAAAGCAGGGAAGAACCUCGAAGCUGAUGAUGGGGUCUGCCCAGAGACCUCCUCACAUCCCUCUGCUCUCACAGGAGGGGCAGCACAUGUUGUGAAGAUCCUGGAGGGCUCUUGAUAGUAAUGAUUUGCUGGCUUUUCCCUUCCAGCAGCAAAGAUCAGAUGCUCCCUGCCAGCCUGUGGUUACUGGGACUUAUCUAUGUUGUUUGUCUCCCUCUUGGGAUCUGGAGGAUGAGCCUCAUGUGCUGGUGACUUUUCAGACCUCACAGCUGCUGCCACCUGCUGCUGGCAGCUGCCGUGCCCCUCCUGUGAGGCCACAAGUGCCAUCACCUAUAUCCUCAGCAAUCCUGCUGUCCCAGCUGGCUCCGGGGCAGGACCAGCUGCUGGAACUGCUGUCUGGGGCACCUGGGCUUUUGGGGUGUCAAGCCAGAAGAGGACAUACUUCAUUUGAAACCAGUGUGAAGUACUUUAAGCCCAAUGCUUAGAUACUUUUGCUUUUUUUUUUUCUUCCAAACGGAGGUCUGUCCUACUGCAGGCUUUAAUAUCCUACAGUCUUUGGAUCAAACCGUCCUGCUUCUGGGAGCCUGAGUGCAGCUCCGGGCACUCAACACAAGGAGCUGCUAUAACUUUCCAUGGUGGCUUCAUCCUCAGCAGCCACCCAGCACAUUUCCUUCAAGGCAUUCUGGGGCAUUUUGUGCCCUCUCUGUAUGUGGGACAGUCUUCUCUGAAAGUUUCAUGCUAAAUGAGAUGGUUUUACUUCCAUGGCAAGCUGAGCUUGUUUUGUCAAGCUGCAGAUCUUCCUCUAACUUAAGACCAGUUAUCAUUUGGCAUCUUAACUAACCUGCUUGCUGUCCUCCAUUGCUCUCCAUGGGGUGUCCUAGGGAACCCGCCCCUGCAGAGGGGUGAGCUGGAGGGCAGAGGGCUGCAGGCAGCUCCGGCUCUGCUGUUUAUACCUUCCCUGGGUGCUUUCAGCACAGAGCACACCUUGGCUCUUUCGGUUUUACGUGUGGUGCCGUCGUCCUCAACUUUCCACCCUGAAGUUUCACAUCAGGCCUUUUUCUGCUCGAGUUGGCUGAAAGUUGCUAAAAACAGCCCGUGCUUGGUGUCAGCUAUCGAGAGAGAGAUAAGGCUACCUGCAGCUUUAUCAGCUGCUGAGUCCCGUGUUUUUGGUGGGUUUCAAUUCCGUUAUUUCUACACUGGUUGCAAUCUCUGCUGGUUCACCCCCACUGCUGUGACAAUGAUGGGCACAGACGUCCUGGCAGGGGUUUUGGUUGCUUUUCCAACCUCUUUGCCUAUGGAUAGAGCAGCAUCAUGAGAGCAUGGCUUCAGCAGGGUUGGGGGUACAUGUGUGGGGCUUGGGGAUACCCACCUUGUCCUUGCUUUGGGAGACUUUUCACCUGGCCGGUCUCUGGUGCAGCGUCAGCAGAGCCUGUUGACACAGGGAUAAGGAUGGGGAGGUGCUGCUCACGCAGGAGCAAAGGUUCCCCUCCUCAAGCACAAAGACAUUGUGUGAAGAGGAAAAGUUUGGGGAAAAGCAAGUUGCACACACAUACUGGCACCCAGAAGCUGCAAGUUUGACCACGGUGACUACCUAUUCUCCAGCUCCAGGUGGGACCAUGAAGACUUGGCAGGACAUUUUUGCAAAGAAGAUUGCUGACAUGGGCUUAACAGAGCCGUGGACGCUUCAGGAGGAUGAUACCCUGCAGGUGCAUGUUCUCAAGCCUGGAUGGAAGGAGUUUGUGCAGCGCCGUGCACUUGGGAGGUUUCAGUGCUCCCAGUGCUUUUAUGAGUGGUCUUCAGCCAAAGCACACGUCCUGUUCCACAUGCGCCGGCACCGGGGCUGGGGCACGGUGUGCAUGCGAGCCUUUCGCCAGACGUGCAGGCGCUGCCAAUCACAACUGGAGGAGCCCGAAUUCAACCUGGAGACCACAGAGAGGCUCCUGCACAACCUGGUGCUAAAGAUCCUUGAGUACUGCUAUGGUGUGCACAUCCAGCCCUCCAACCUCCUGGAAGUUGUGGUGGACGCACUGGUGGCGGGGCCACACGACAGUGCCUGCUGCGAGGGGUGCCAGCUGGGCGUUUGCAGCAAGGCAAAACUGGCCACGGUGUCAGAUGCCUGGAAGCCCUUGAAAGGUAUGGACAAGACCAGCACCCAUCGCACGCCAAAACACCAGAAUACAAGGCCCUAUGCAACUCCAACCCACCACUCCUCAACCGUCAACAACAACUUCCCCUGGAAACACUGCUGCUGGAUCAGCAUCACUGUUAUCUGUAUUUUUGCAGUAGUACUCUUUUCCCUGCUUUAUUUCACCAUACUGUAGUGGGAGCUGUGGCUUGCAAAGAGGAACAGGGGUGAUGGAGCCAGGGGCGGGGGUGAUGCAGUGCCUGGAAAAUUGGGUGCCCAAGGUCAGCCCUUGCUCGUGGCAUGGCAAGGCUUCCCCAGCUCGGGAGGGGAAGGGGACACAUUGGGGUGCCUCAGCCAGGCACCUUGUCCCAGAGCCUUGGGGAGCCUGGUGGGUCUGACAGCUUCUUAUGGGACAUAUUCUGCAUGAGGAUGACCCUCAGCUGCCCCAUGCAAUGACUGGAUUGCACUUGCAAGAAUAAAACCAGCCCU